AUGGUUGCUGGAAAAAUAUAUCGUGGUACUAGCGAGGAAUCGAGACGAUUCCUAAAGGCCUUGAGUGAUUUCUUUUAUCUUGCUGGGUUGUUUUUGGUCUCGAAUACAAUUCCUUUUCUCGAUUGGCUUGAUUUUGUGAUGGGGAUCAUUGGCAAAAUAAAGAGGACAGAAAAGGAGUUGGAUUUUGCAAUAGGAAGCUGGGUAAACGAGCAUCGCGAACGGAGGCUCGACAAAGGCAUCGAAGGGAACCAAGAUUUCAUUGAUGUCAUGUUGUCUAUCAUGGAUGAAAACAAUGUACCAACUCAAGAGGCUGAUGUUACCAUUAGACCUAAUUGCCUGACUCUUGCCUUGGGUGGCAUCGAUACAAAUGUGGCCACACUUUCAUGGGCAAUCUCCUUGCUAUUGCAUAACCGCCAUAUUCUAAAAAGGCUUAAAGAACUUGACAUCCAUGUUGGGAAGCAACAAGUGGAAGAAUCAGACAUAGCUAACUUGGUAUACUUACAAGCAAUUAUCAAGGAAACAAUGCGGUUAUACCCAGCGGCGCCAGUAUUGGUCGUAAGAGAAGCUAUGGAUGACUACAUCGUAGCCAAUUUCCACAUUCCAGCUGGCACUCAACUAUUGCUUAACCUGUGGAAGCUACACCGUGACCCCAGAAUUUGGCAUAAGCCAUUAGACUUCCUCCCUGAGAGAUUCCUCAAUGACCAUGCUAACAUUGAUGUGAGGGGUCAAAAUUUUGAGCUUAUACCAUUUGGUGCUGGUAGAAGGAUUUGUCCUGGUAUCACUUUCGCCCUUCAUUUCCAACACUUAGCUUUGGCUCAACUGCUUCAUGUUGAUUGGGGAAUGGUCUCGGAUAAAGGCGUCGACAUAAGUGAAAGGCCCGGAAUAAUUGUUCCUAAAGCUACACCAUUAGAGGUUACUCUUAAACCAAAGUUACCUUCUGUAUGUUAUUAGUAAGCUUGCGUUCAAUAAUGUGGUCUU